UGCUUUCCCAUUCUUCAUCUAUAUCCUUUUUUUCUACUCUCAACUCAAAAAUCUCUUUUCAUUAAGUGGAAGAAAAAAAUUAAGGGAAAAGAAGAAUGCAGAUGCAGCCACGCCAUGACCAGCAGCUUUCUCGUCAGGUGGCCAAGACCACCACUGCUGUCACCGUUGGUGGCUCACUCAUGGUGCUUUCCGGCUUAACGCUGGCAGCUACCGUUAUCGGUCUAGCUAUAGCUACCCCUUUGUUGGUGAUUUUCAGCCCUGUUCUCGUACCUGCUGUUAUAACUAUUGGGUUGAUCCUUGCUGGGUUCUUGGCUUCUGGUGGUUUUGGAGCUACUGCAUCUUUUGUUUUCUACUGGAUGUACAGAUAUGUCACGGGGAAGCAUCCGAUCGGAGCAACCACGAUCGAUUACGCGAAGGAUAAGAUUGGCCAUGCGGCUCAUGAUGUGAAGGAGAAGGCUGAGCAGUUGGGGCAUCAAGCAGGGCAGCAGAUUAAGGGUUGAAGGAGAGAUCUUUUUGGUUAUGUAUGCAUGUACUUUUUAAUUGUGUUGUUGUUAAUCGGUUUUGUUUGAGAAUGUGAGUCUUGUCGUGUUGGUUGGAUAGGUAAAUGUUGGUUGUUUUUGUGGUAGAUAUCAAUGGUUCUGUAACUAGAUUUACUUUCACUUAAUUAAUGAGUCUGUUUUUCAAUUA